GGGGCAUGCCGGCGACAUCAUCGGAGCCGCAUUGAGCUUCCAGCAACACCCCCUCGGGCCACCAAUUACCCGUCGCAUUUGGUCCCGGUCGCGUCGCGCGCGAGGCCAGAUAAAUCUGAAGACGAAACGCAGCAGCCAUGGCGUUCCUCAUCCUCGUCAUUGGGGACAUGCACAUCCCGGACCGCGCGCUCGACAUUCCCCCAAAGUUUAAGAAGCUCCUCGCCCCCGGCAAGAUUGGCCAGACGCUCUGCCUCGGCAACCUCACGGACAAGCACACGUACGACUACCUCCGCUCCGUCGCGCCGGACCUCAAGAUCGUCAAGGGCCGCUACGACGUCGAGGCCACCUCCCUGCCGCUCACGCAGGUCGUCACCCACGGCGGCAUCCGCAUCGGCUUCCUCGAGGGCUUCACCCUCGUCUCCAGCGAGCCCGACCUGCUCCUCGCCGAGGCCAACCGCCUCGACGUCGACGUCCUCUGCUGGGGCGGCACCCACCGCUUCGACGCCUUCGAGUACAUGGACAAGUUCUUCGUCAACCCCGGCAGCGCCACCGGCGCCUUUGUCAACGGCUGGGCCGCCCAGGACGGCGAGGAUCCCACCCCGAGCUUCUGCCUGAUGGAUGUACGUUUUGCGCCUGGUGCCGCGCCGCGCCGCACCGCUGCCCCCUUAUAUAUUAUCCCGCGCCCGCGAUGGGGACGGGACGGGGCAGAAGGAGACAAAGGGAGAGAACCAGCUGACGCCGUGCCCCAGGUCCAAGGAAUAUCACUUACACUCUACGUGUACCAGCUGCGCACAGACGACAAGGGCAACGAGAACGUGGCGGUAGAGAAGGUUACCUACACGAAGCCGGUUGAGCCGACGCCCGGCCCUUCUUCAUCAUGAUACUACAGCUCAUCACGGCAGAUUUCCACACCCAGAGGCGCAAAUGGCGACAGCAACUCCCGCCACCAAGUCGAUAACCGCAUUUAUUGAGCUCCUGCAAUAGUCUCGCUCCCCAGAUGAACGCAGUGAAGCGCGUUCGUUCCUUGCACCAGUGGGCAGAUCAUGGGGCCACACGUUGUUUAAAGGCGAGACAGUGUCCCGUGUACGCCAAAUCCAAAAGUCAAACAUGGACAAAAGAGUCAAAUAAACAUAAAGUAUCUCCGUCGCUUGGUA